AGGCGGGGGGCGGUGUGGGCUCACGGGUGCUGCGGGCCGCAGGCGCUUUCCUGUCGUCUUCUCGGCCUCCAGCCCCCCUCCACCCCCGACCCAGUUCAAUCAUUCAGCCCGGAGCUGGCCGCCCUCGGCCGGGUGGGUAGUGCAGACAAGUGAACCAGGCGGUGGGAGCGGAGUCUGCGGAAGUCGGGGGAGGACAGCUACACAAAGGAUGCGAUGCCGGAACCCGGCUUCAGGAAUCAGCGGAAGUUCCUGUGUUGUGUGGAAGGUUGUAUUCACCUGAACCAGUCAACUAAAAAUGCAAAGUGCUCCAGUGAGUGGCACAGGAUAUUUAGAGGAGGGAGAAAUGGCAAUCAACUGGAGUGCUGAAUACAUCUGGAAGGAGGCUGAUGGGAGCUGGCUGUGAUUUGGAAGAUCAAUGGGAAGACGUUCCGGUCGGCAACAGAAAGACUCAGGUGGGUGAGGAAGGAAGGAAACAUGACUUGGGAGAUGCUUCCAAUUUUCGCUAACCAAGCUCAAGCACAGAUCACACCAGGAAGCUGGUUGGUUAACGGCCACAUUUCUUUCAUGUUGCUUUAGAACAGAUACUGAAAGCUCAGAAAUCUACCAGGAUGAGCAGGUGAGGAUUCUGCCCUGCCCCUCAACUCUGGAUCUGAUGUCUGGGAUCUUGAGGAUCUUAUUUUCCUAAACGUGUUGGAAUUCCUACAGUCAUCAUGAAUUCCUCCCCUGGCCUCUCACCAUCCUAUGUGUUGGGGUUAUUCUAACUAAGGAAUCCUGGUGUAGACACCUGAGUAUCAAGUUCUCUCCCUAAGGAAUUCUCCAGUCUUGGUGGCAUGUGGACUCCAUUCAAGGUAUCUAUUUUCAGCACAGUAAUCUCCUGACAUAUCUGUGCACAUAGAUAUGAUACUUCCAUUUCUGGAAACAGACCCUGCUGACUCUGUUUGGAGCCAUCAAUCCCUUACUUGAAAGUGUCUCCUGGCUUAGAAGUACCCAAGUUCACUUGGACUCUCUGCUUUGUUCCAGAAAUACAUAGGCACUAGCUCUGGCAGUGUCAAAACAAGCCAGACCUACAGACCCCUCAGGAAAGCAAAACUCCUUUCCUUCAUCCAGGAAGCUCAUAUCAUCUUGUUGUAUAUGAGACUUUUUCCUUAUUUCUUCCAUAUAAUAUUCACCUGAUUUGUGUUUAGAGUUGCUGGUGCUGGCUUGUCUUCAUUCUUGGUGCCCUCUACUGUCUAUUCCCCCGUCGUGCUAAAGCUGCUCCUUAGCCCAGGCCCCAAGAAUGAAUGGUCCCUGUGGCAGCUGCCAGUGUUGUUUUAGGAGACAGCCAAACAUUUGAAGAUACAACCAAAGAUUAGCAGUAUUUGGAAGCCUCUCAAAAGGACUGCUAGAGGGACAGAAAGCUGGACAGUUAUGAAAACAUGGUCCCACGGGCAUCCUUCUUGCAGUUCUCCAUGAUGCCACAGACAGUUGGAAAUGAUCCACCCAGUAUGUCCAGUGCAGGUGAAAUGGAAAUGGAGAUAAGUAACAUGAGAGAAAAGUUUCUUACAAGCGUAACAAAAUUAGUAGAAAGCAAGAGUUACAACAGCAAGGUAUUUUCCAAAGAAAAGUACUUUCAAACAAUAAAGGAAGUCAAGGAAGCUAAAGAAAAGGGGAAGAAGUCAUCACGUGAUUAUCGCCGUGCUGCCAAAUAUGAUGUGAUCUCUGUACAAGGCACAGAGAAACUGAUCGAGGCUACUCACAGAGAACGAGAUCGAAUACGGUAUUAUGUACAUAAAGAAGAGUUGUUUGAUAUUCUUCACGAUACACAUCUCAGUAUUGGACACGGUGGGCGGACACGCAUGCUCAAGGAGCUGCAAGGAAAAUACGGGAAUGUCACCAAAGAAGUCAUCGUCUUAUAUCUGACUCUUUGUAAACAGUGCCACCAGAGGAAUCCAGUACCCAAAAGAAGCCUUGCACCAAAGCCCAUGACUUUUAAGGACAUGGACUCCAGGUGCCAAAUUGAAAUACUUGACAUGCAGUCAAAUGCUGAUGGCGAGUUCAAGUUUAUUUUCUAUUACCAGGACCACUUGACCAAGUUUAUUAUCUUACGGCCAUUAAAAACCAAACAGACCCAUGAGGUGGUCAGUGUCUUAUUGGAUAUUUUCACAAUUCUUGGUACACCCAGUGUGUUAGAAUCUGACAGUGGCAUAGAGUUCACAAAUCAGGUUGUUAAUGAGCUCAAUGAGGUAUGGCCAGACCUAAAAAUUGUCUCUGGUAAAUAUCACCCUGGUCAAGGCCACGGCUCCCUGGAACAAGCAGCCCAUGAUGUAAAGAACUUGGUAAGUGCCUGGAUGCAUAGUAACUACUCACGGAACUGGGCCGAAGGCCUACGAUUCAUGCAGAUGGUGAGGAAUCAGGCUUUUGAUGUUUCUUUGCAGCAAAGUCCGUAUGAGGCAAUGUUUGGUUGUAAAGCCAAAUUUGGGCUAUAUUCCUCAAACUUGCCCCGGGAAACUGUGGCUGGUUUACAAACAGAGGAAGAGCUAGAAGUUGCUGAAGAACAGCUAGAACACAGCCUUUGGAUCAGGCAGGAAGAAAGGGCCGAGAUGGGAGCAGACAGAUCUGAUGUGGAUGAGGACAUGGACCCCACUCCUGAAGCCACAGAGCCCAGCACCUCACAAGGGGCCCCUGGUGUCCUCUGCUGGUGAACAGGUGCCCGCAGCGUGGAUACUUAUAACUGAGCAUUAUACAGUCAUCUGUUUCCAGAAGCCCCAAGGGAAAGGAAUGAAGGCUGCACUCUCAGGUUGAGUUGUACAUAGUGGUUCUUGCUCAAAAGGGAAGAGUGGGUUGGGUCUGUGUAUUUGUUCUUGGGGCUGUCAUAACAAAUUGCCACAAACUUGGGGGAUAAAAACAACAGAAAUUUAUUCUCUCACAGUUCUGGAGGCCAGAAGUCUGAAAUCAAAGUGUUGGUAUGGCUGGUUCCUUCUGGAGGCUCUGACAGAAAAUCAUUCCAUGCCUUUCUCCAGCAGUGACCGGCAUCCUUGAUGUUCCUUGGCUUGUAGUAGUAUAAACCCUGUCUCUGCCUUCACAUGGCCUUUCCCCCUGUGUCUCUGUAUGUGUUUUCCCUUUCUGUAUCUUACAAGGACACCACUGGACACCAAAUUCAUGUCAUUGGCUUUAGGCCCACCCUAAUCAAGGAUGAUCUCAUCUCAAGAUCCUUACCUUAAUUAUUUCUGUAAAGACCUUUUUCCAAGUAAGGUCACAGGUACCAAUGGUUUGAAUUUGGACAUAUCUUUUUAAGAGAUACAGUUGUCACCACAGUCAACGGAAGAAUAUGUUUGCAGAACAAGAACUGAUGGGUUGUCGGGAGUCUAGAACUGGCAGGACUCCCUACAUAGACCUAGUACAUAUUCCUGCCCCUCACAUACCCCAAAGGAUGGAGGCAUCAGAGGAAAAGAUGUAGAUGAAGGGAAAGUAAUGCAAAGAGAAGAGGUUAAUUCAAAAUGCCCUGGAGACUGGCCACCUCACUAGCUAGGCUCUGUUUUCUGCUUUAGGAGAAACCAUAUGUGCCAUCCCUGCUCUCAGAGUGGCAUUUGCAGGGAAUUGUGUGACUUGCAUGAAACAUAAUUUGAAAUUAGGUCAGAAUUAAGGCAUGGACAGAGCUUGGGGAUGAGUCUGCCACUUUUCUAUGCCUUAAACAUGUAAACGCAUAUUGUAUUCUUGGCGCAGGUCAGAGCAUUUCGAGAAGCAACCAAGGUCUCUGGAACAAAAUGCAAGAGUUGGCCUGGGGUCAUUCCUCCAACUAGAGAGCGCAAGUCCAUUCUGGGUCAUCGUUCAGAGUAGGGAUGACUCAUUCAGCUAAAGGGAAGGAUUGGUGUACCGCUAUGUUUCCAGUGCCUAGGAGAGAGUGCUUAGCCCAUCAGAGGUGUUCAAAAAUGUUCAAUGAAUAAAUGAUCUGCAGAAAUGGG